AUGUCAUCAACUGUGAUACAGGCUUCAAGACUGCCACCAACUGUGAUACAGGCUUCCAGAGUGCCACCAACUGUGGUACAGGCUUCAAGACUGCCACCAACUGUGAUACAGGCUUCAAGACUGCCACCAACUGUGAUACAGGCUUCAACAAUGCCAUCAACUGUGAUACAGGCUUCAAGAGUGCCAUCAACUGUCAUGCAGGCUUCAAUACUGCCACAGACUGAUACAGGUUUCAAGACUGCCACCAACUGUGAUACAGGCUUCAACAAUGCCAUCAACAGUGAUACAGGCUUCAAGAGUGACACCAACUGUGACACAGGCUUCAAGACUGCCACAGACUGUGAUACAGGCUUCAACAAUGUCAUCAACUGUGAUACAGGCUUCAAGAGUGCCACAGACUGUGAUACAGGCUUCAAGACUGCCACCAAGUGUGGUACAGGCUUCAAGACUGCCACCAACUGUGAUACAGGCUUCAAGAGUGCCAUCAACUGCUUCAAGAGUGCCACCAACUGUGAUACGGGCUUCAAGAGUGCCAUCAACUGUGAUACAGGCUUCAAGACUGCCACCAACUGUGGUACAGGCUUCAAUACUGCCACCGACUGUGAUACAGGCUUCACGACUGCCACCAAAACUGUGAUACAGGCUUCACAACUGCCACCAAGUGUGAUACAGGCUUCAAGACUGCUACCGACUGUGAUACAGGCUUCAACAUUGCCACCAACUGUGAUACAGGCUUCAAGACUGCCACCAACUGUGAUACAGGCUUUACGUCUGCCACCAACUGUGAUACAGGCUUCAACAAUGUCAUCAACUGUGAUACAGGCUUCAAUACUGCCACCAACUCUGAUACAGGCUUCAAUACUGCCACAGACUGAUACAGGCUUCAAGAAUGCCACCAAGUGUGGUACAGGCUUCAAGACUGCCACCAACUGUGAUACAGGUUUCAACAAUGCCAUCAACUGUGAUACAGGCUUCCAGAGUGCCACCAACUGUGGUACAGGCUUCAAGACUGCCACCAACUGUGAUACAAGCUUCAAGACUGCCACCAACUGUGAUACAAGCUUCACGACUGCCACCAACUGUGAUACAGGCUUCAAGACUGCCACCAACUGUGAUACAGGCUUUACGACUGCCACCAACUGUGAUACAGGCUUCAAGACUGCCACCAACUGUGAUACAGGCUUCAAUACUGCCACAGACUGUAAUACAGGCUUCAAGACUGCCACCAACUGUGAUACAGGCUUCAAUACUGCCACAGACUGUGAUACAGGCUUCAAUACUGCCACAGACUGA